AUGGUAAGAAAAGAACAUCAGGGUCUGACUCCAGUGAGGCCAAAUGUUUGUGAAGAACAGUAGCUGACUAUGGUGGGACUUCCACACCCGUGUGUCCGAGCAUUCACACGCACCAUCCAGCUCUGGAAACCGGGCUGUACCGGACCAAGGCGGUGUGUGGAUUAUGAAAGAAGGAUGCGGUACUACACUAUCUACAGACAGACGUACAGCGUGGAGCAGCAGACCAUCUAUAGGUGCUGCCCUGCUUGGAGCCGCCAGGACGAUGAACCUGGCUGCCUACAGUCUGUCUCUGCAGUGGGGACUUGUUUCAAUGGAAGGAGAUGCUCAGACAGUGAAGCCCAGUGGUGCCAGUGUUCAGAGGGUUUUCAGGGACCCUGCUGUCAAUAUGAUAUAAAUGAAUGUACCAUCAACAAUGGUGGCUGUCAGGACCAAUGCUGUAAUACAAUUGGCAGUUAUUACUGCAAAUGUCAAGCUGUCCAGAAGCUGGAGGAAGAUGGCAGAGGAUGUGAGGAUGCCGAUGAAUGUGCGGUGGCGAAUGGAGGCUGCCAGCAGCGCUGUAUUAACACUCUGGGCGCCUUCCACUGUGAGUGUGAUACGGGAUACAGCCUCCAUGCUGAUGAACGCACCUGCAUAAAGAUGGACUCCCGCCCAGGUGGGAAUGGAUGUGCCCACAUCUGUCAGAGUGAGAAUGGAGUGGCCAGGUGUGCCUGUCACCCAGGCUACCUGCUGUCUGGAGACAAAAAGGCCUGUAGAGACAUAAACGAGUGUGCUGAAGGGCUUGCUCACUGCGGCCAUCGCUGUGUGAACACGGUGGGAUCUUUUACUUGUGCUUGCCACCCUCGCUUUGAACUGGGAGCUGAUGGAAAACAGUGUUACAGGAUUGAAUUGGAAAUUGUCAAUAGCUGUGAAAGGAACAAUGGUGGUUGUUCCCAUCACUGUGAACCUGUGAACGUACUUGGUGGGCCCCGUUGUUCCUGUAACCAUGGAUACCAGCUUGAUUCAGAUGAGAAAACAUGCAUAGACCUUGAUGCAUGUGAAAGUGGAGAAGCCUGCUGUGCCCAGCUCUGCAUCAACUAUUCAGGAGGCUAUGAAUGCGCUUGUCAGGAGGGCUUUCAGAUCACUUCUGUUGGUUGUGGCUGUGAUGCUUUAGAUGAUGAGGAGCUAGAGGAAGAAGAAGAGGAAUCAGAAGUUGUGAGGUCUCUAGGCCUUCUAUUCAAGAGCCCACCUCAACUGCUUCAUCAUGUUGCUGCUUCUUUGCCUCCCACUUACGAAGAUGAGGAGGAAGAGGAAAAAGAUAUUUGAGGAGAACUCACUGCUUUGCACAAAGUUGUCUGUUUAGAUCACAGCUUCGGAUACGACUGCAGUUUGAGCUGCGAGGACUGCAUGAAUGGAGGCAGAUGCCAGGAAAGGAAGAGUGGGUGCUCCUGCCCCGCUGGCUGGGGUGGCGUUCUAUAUAAUGAAACUGGUUCCCCAGAGACCAGUGGGAAAGAGUGUGGCAGCACCUGUGAUUGUCAGAACGGAGGCACCUGUGAUCCUUUGACUGGGCAUUGCCGGUGCCCCCCAGGGGUGCAUGGGAAAACCUGUGAAGAUGGAUGCCCAAAAGGAUUCUUUGGGAAGAACUGCAAAAGUAAAUGUAACUGUGCCAACAGUGGCCAUUGCCACAGGGUGUAUGGCACUUGUAUGUGUGAGUCAGGGCGCUAUGGGAGGUUUUGUCAUCUGAGCUGUCCCAAGGGGGCCUUCGGAUCUGGCCGCUCUGCACAAUGUCAGUGUGUGGAGGAGAACACCCUGGAAUGCAGUGCCAAAAAUGACAGUUGCACCUGCAAAUCUGGUUACCAAGGCAACAGAUGCCAGAAAGUGAUUCUGGUAUUUGUGGACUGGGCCAUGGAAACACAUGUGACGGUGGUUCAAAGUAGUAAUAACUGUGACCUCUCCCACUGUCGCCUCUGUCUCCAUGAAGAGGAGUUCAUGUGA